CGGAUACUGAGCGCUGUACAGACGAGCACGAGCUCUUGCUAAUACAAGAAAAUGGUGGGAAAAACAGCGAAAAUGGGUUUCAGCUUCUCCACCAAAAACCUCUCUCACACCAGUAGAUAGUUGGAAGAGGGAUACUGAGAGACUCAAGAAAGAGUGAAAAUGGAAAGAGGGUUGGAAACCAGAGAAAUUAUCAACAUCAAAGAGAGACAAGAAGAAGAUGAAGAAGAAGAGGAGAAGAUUUGCAGGAUUUGUCAUAUCCCUGGUGAUUCUGAAAACCCACUUCAGUAUCCUUGUGCUUGUUCUGGGAGUAUCAAAUUUGUUCAUCCAAAAUGUCUCCUCCAAUGGAUGAAGCAACGCAUCACUCCUGCAUGCGAGUUGUGACGACGGUACUGGUAUUGCGUGGCUUUAAUUUGAAUCUGGAAAUCAGAUUUGAUGUUCCUCUACGUGUUCAGUUUGCCAAGGAUAUAAAAAGAUUUCUGAUUACCUUUUGGAAGCUGAUAUUCGUGCCGUUCUCGUUUGAACGAAUUAUACUGCAUUGUCUUUCCUGGUUUUGCUAUGGAGCUUCGUCGAUAUUCAUGACAUUUACAAAGUCAGCUCUCCAAAUGGAAAAUAACUCACUAAAGAAUGCCGUUACAAAUUUAUCUGCCGGAAUUCAGAAUGAUGGCCUGCUUUCAUGUGCUGUAGGAGUGGUUGCUGAAAGCUUGACAGCAAACAGUAUUGGACAAGGAGAAGCCUCAAGCAGCGUUGGCCAGCCACUUUUAGUGUACCGAAGCUCAUGUGUAUAUGAUGUUAUUACUCUUGCUACUGGAUAUAUGGUCGUUCUGCCCUUGGUCUGCGCUGGCUUUGAUAUCCCUAUUAGAACUGUUGCAUCAAAGAUACAUUACUAUCUGAGGAAAUUCCUGACAAGGAUGGUUUAUCCAUUCUUUCUGAUAAUUCAUCUUGGGGUUCUUCCUUUGAUAUAUGGUUGGUUUCUGGAUAUAUGUACCAUUCGGAUGUUUGGGAAGUCAAUUUCAGAUAGGGUAGAAUUCUUUUCAAAAUUCCCUUUAUUAAGUUCUUCACUGCAUUGGGCGAUAGGAAUCACAUACAUGUUCCAAAUACGCAUUUCUACUAGUCUUCUUCAAAGGGUUUUGCGUAAAGAAGUUCUACACUUUCUUCAGGAUUUAGCAGAUCCAAUCUACAACAUUUUGUAUGUAGUUGCCAACGAUGUGCAAGUGAAAGCUAGUCAACUUCUAUUCUUCGUUGCUGUUGUUGGCACUUUCAUAGUAUUUCUAGUAUAUUUACUAGUCACACUAGCCAUGCGAUUGGCACCAACUAUCUUCCCUCUGCAUAAUUCUUUAUCUGACCCAUUGACCGAGAUUCCUGUAGUCAUGCUUCUGCUCCAAGUAUGCUUACCUUAUGCAAUUGAACUGCGGGAAACAAUUGGUGCUGUACUCUAUCAAUGGGUUACUUCUGUUUGCUGUGUUCUUGGCUUAAGUGAUUUCUUGUGUUCCAGACCUGAGGACAUUGGUUGGCAGCAGAAUGUGAAAGAGGAAAGGAAGCAGGACAGACUCAUUGCUGCUCAAGAUCCAAACAAAAAUAAUAAUGAUGGGUAUACUUUUGUACUUCGUGUUGUAUUGUUGGUCAUUCUGGUGUGGAUACCGCUGCUUCUCCUCAGUUCAUCUUUGAUAAUCGUAUUCCUACCACUAAGACGUGUAUUGUUCAGUUCUAUUUCUUAUCACUCAAUAACUCAUGGCGUCAAGUGCAACAAUCUCUACGUCUUCUUUGUUCGAAAUUUUUCCAUCUGGACUUCUCUUACGGGAGCAAGAUUCUUCGUCGAGCACUUUAAACCAGGGAAAACACAUGUACAGUUCAGCGAUAUCUGCAAGUUGUUACGUUUUAUCGUUGAGAAAUGUGUUCUAUUAUCACUUUGGAUCAUUGUUAUUCCAGUGUUAAUUGGGCUUUUAUUUGAGCUUUCGGUCAUGGUGUCAAUUCAAGCAUUGGUGGUUGAAGCCCCUGUAUUACUCUUAUGUCAGGAUUUGGCAGUGGGGUUCUUCUUCUUUAAGCUGUGGAGGACACUGGUUUUGCUGAACCAUAGGAUUGUUCUGGUGGAUGAAAGCUGGCGGGUAAAAUUUGAGAGGAUAAGAGAUAAUGAUUUCCUGAAGCUUCCGGGGCUUUGGAUGCUGCAGGAAAUAAUGAUCCCAUUCAUUAGGAAUCUGUUACUGUCUCUCUGUUUCCCCUACAUUUUUGCAAGAUGGAUAGUCCCCUCGCUUGGGUUAUCGCAAACAGUAAACUCAACUGUUUAUCGGUUUACUUGGGUAGCCUGAGUGACCGUAGUUGUACUUUUUUCCUGUGCCAAAAGAUUUCUUGGUUGGAUCACCAACCUUCACAUUUCUAUCAGAGAUGACUGUUAUUCUGGUUUGGGGAUGCGAAAUUUUGGUGAACCAGCAACGGAGAGCGAAAAUGAGAUUGGUAAGUUGGUGAGAUGGCUAGCAGAUUCUCAAGGACUCUAAUGUCAUCAGGGAAGUAUUGUAAAAAUCAAAGGUGAGCUGUUUUGUUCUUUUGUUUUCUUGUAGCAGGGACAGUUCUUUUGUCAAUUGCCUACCACUGUGAAAUAAGCUCCACAGUGUUGCUUGUAAAUAUUCAGAAGAGGGGCUUUGCUUUAGGAAGGUUUUAGAACUAGUUUUAGUUCUCAUUUUGAAGUCUUGCUUAAAACAUAUAGUCGUGGGAGAGUACUGGGAAAGAGAAGUUAGACUCUUGUAUAUUUGGAACUAUGAAAAUCUUGAAAAUGCUAU